AUGGAUCCCAGUACUCUAAAAUAUUAUCAUGUUGAUGAAUUUGAAUCAAAACCAUUUCUUAAUACAUAUUUUUCUCUGGAAGGUGAUAAAGAACUUCUAAAUGAUGGUCUCGUAAAUUUUACUACAUAUCUUCAUAAGGAAUUUGCCAAAGGUAAUAUUAAACGGGACAUGCUGAUUGAAAUUAGUCCUGGUCCCGUUAUUUUUACCUUACUCCCAGUUUGCAAUUACUUCAAAGAAAUAAUUUUAUUAAAAUUUAAUGAUCACUCAAUCAAUGAAAUGAAGAAAUGGAUAAAUGGAAAUGCUGCAUUUGACUGGUCUCAUGCCUCAAAAAUUAUAAAGGACCUGGAAGGAAACUGUGAUGAACUACAAGAAAAAGAAGAUGUGCUAAGAACAAACAUUAAGGAUGUUCUGAAAUGCGAUCUCUCCAAAGAAAACCUGACAGACCCAAUAAUUUUACCAAAGGCAGAUUGCAUCAUAACUGCAUGGGUUCUGGAAAUGGUCAGCAAAGAUAAAGAUGCUUACUGCAAUAAUUUAAGAAAAAUCUACUCUUUACUAAAACCAGGAGGACACCUGGUAAUGAUUUGUGAUAUUAAUGUUUCAUUUUUGAAAAUUGGUGAACAUAAUUUCCAUAUCUUAACAUAUGAUGAAGAGUUUCCGAAGAAAACUCUGAAGGAUUUAGGAUUUAAAAUUGAAAGCUAUGAAGUUUAUGAAAAAACUUCCUCCACUACUGAUAUUGAUUAUGAAAAAGUUAUGUGUCUCACUGCAUUGAAAAAGUUUUGA